GGGGGCGGGGGGCCUGGCGGGGGCGGCGGUCCAACUGGGGGACUGCGGCCGCUGCAGCGUCGUCAGAGCGUGUCUCGCCUGCUGCUCCCAGCUUUCCUCCGGGAGCCCCCCGCCGAGCCGGGGCUGGAGCCGCCCCCUGAAGAGGAAGGGGGAGAGCCGGCGGGGGUCGCGGAGGAGCUCGGCAGCGGGGGGCCCUGUUGGCUACAGCUCGAGGAGGUGCCGGGGCCCGGGCCGCUCGGGGGAGGGGGGCCCCUGCGCUCCCCUUCCUCGUACUCCUCUGACGAGCUGUCCCCGGGCGAGCCCCUGACUUCCCCGCCCUGGGCCCCCCUGGGCGCCCCCGAGCGGCCGGAGCAUCUUCUGAACCGGGUGCUGGAGCGGCUUGCCGGAGGGGCCACCAGGGACAGCGCCGCCUCAGAUAUCCUGCUGGAUGACAUCGUCCUCACCCAUUCUCUCUUCCUCCCCACGGAGAAAUUUCUGCAGGAGCUACAGGAGUAUUUUGUUUGGGCAGGAGGCAUGGAGGGCCCUGAAGGGCUGGGCCGGAAGCAGGCCUGUCUAGCCAUGCUCCUUCACUUCUUGGACACCUACCAGGGGCUGCUACAGGAGGAAGAGGGGGCCGGCCGCAUCAUCAAGGAUCUGUACCUGCUGAUUAUGAAGGAUGAGUCCCUUUACCAGGACCUCCGAGAGGACACACUGAGGCUGCACCAGCUUGUGGAAACAGUGGAGCUAAAGAUCCCAGAGGAAAGCCAGCCGCCCAGCAAGCAAGUGAAGCCACUCUUCCGCCACUUCCGCAGGAUCGACUCCUGUCUGCAGACCCGAGUGGCCUUCCGGGGCUCUGAUGAGAUCUUCUGCCGGGUCUACAUGCCUGACCACUCUUACGUGACCAUCCGCAGCCGCCUCUCGGCGUCUGUGCAGGACAUCCUGGGCUCUGUGACAGAGAAGCUGCAAUACUCGGAGGAGCCUGCGGGACGUGAAGACUCCCUCAUCCUGGUAGCGGUGGCUUCCUCGGGAGAGAAGGUCCUUCUCCAGCCGACGGAAGACUGUGUGUUCACCACACUGGGCAUCAACAGCCACCUGUUUGCCUGCACGCGGGACAGCUAUGAGGCCCUGAUGCCCCUCCCCGAGGAGAUCCAGGUGUCCCCUGGAGACACAGAGAUCCACCGCGUGGAGCCUGAGGACGUGGCCAACCACCUUACCGCCUUCCACUGGGAGCUGUUCCGAUGCGUGCACGAGCUGGAAUUCGUGGACUACGUGUUCCACGGGGAGCGCGGCCGCCGGGAGACGGCCAACCUGGAGCUGUUGCUGCAGCGCUGCAGCGAGGUCACGCACUGGGUGGCCACCGAGGUGCUGCUCUGCGAGGCCCCGGGCAAGCGCGCGCAGCUGCUCAAGAAGUUCCUCAAGAUCGCGGCCAUCUGCUGUGAAACCCAAGGAGCUCCACUCUGACAUUCCUUCUCCUUCCUUCAAACUCUGCAGAAACUGCCAGGGAAAUUCAAGAACUUGUUCCGCAAAUUUGAGAACCUGACAGACCCCUGCAGGAACCACAAAAGCUACCGAGAAGUGAUCUCCAAGAUGAAACCUCCCGUGAUUCCCUUCGUGCCUCUGAUCCUCAAAGACCUGACUUUCCUGCACGAGGGGAGUAAGACCCUUGUCGAUGGUUUGGUGAACAUUGAGAAGCUGCAUUCAGUGGCUGAAAAAGUGAGGACAAUCCGCAAGUACCGGAGCCGGCCCCUUUGCCUGGACAUGGAGGCAUCCCCCCAUCACCUGCAGACCAAGGCCUACGUGCGCCAGUUCCAGGUCAUCGACAACCAGAACCUCCUCUUUGAGCUCUCCUACAAGCUGGAGGCUAAUAGUCAGUGAGAACAGAGGCUCUGGUCGGCGCCCCACCAAGUCCUCGGGCACCUGGCACUCAAGCACUUUGCACGAUGUCCCAAAUGACCCCUGCCAUCUUUCCACUGGAGCGACUUCCUGCCCCUCAGGAAAGAAUCAGAUGGACUUAGCCCUGGACUCAUAAGCCUGUUCAUCCUGCUGAAGUCCUCUCCCUCUUGCUCCUUCCAGCCAAAACCACACUCUGCUGGUCCCUGCCCUCGCAGGGAAGGGGGGGGCAGAGUGCUCCUUCCUCUGUUCCCUCCCAUCAAAGUCCGUUCCAGAGAUGGAGUUUCCAGCCUCCUCCCAGGGAGGCAGGAAAGCUGCCCACCCUCCUGUCUCCCAGAGCGGAAUUGUGGGAGGGAUUGGCAGCCUUCCUCUCCACCCCUGUCCGGCCUCUUCCUGGUCAGGGCUGGGACCCCUGGAUGUACCCCCCCAGAAUAUUAUAUCGCCCUUGUGUCUGUGUGUGUAUGCGCCUGUCCCCUUUAAGAAGCAAGAGUGCAUCCGGCAGUUGAGGGAGGGUGUUGUGUGUAGAGGGGGUCCUUCUGUUUGGUGCUACCCUGGUCUACUCUGCCCUGCGAUGGUGCGGGGUGCUUUCCCCACCCCCACCGCUCCCUGCUCAGCUCCUUUCGCUGCCCUGCAUGCCCAAGCCUGUGGAUGAAGCUGUUCCUGGGGCAGGGGCAGCAGCAGGUGGGAAGGGUUACUGGUCGGCCCUUGGGAGUCCCCCACUCAGGCCUCCCCAAGGUCUCUGCGUGGGCUCCAAUGAGACCGUGGAAGAUGCUCAGGGAAACCCAGGCCUAAGCCGCCUGCAGGACGCUCCCUCUGCGUUGCGGGGCGGGGCGCAGCGGUAUUAGGAGUUGAAGGUGUCUGCUGCCCGCACUCCUGCUUUCGGGGUGUCUGCUGCUAAGAAGGGAGCUGUCAUCCCCCUUCUGGCUCUUCUGUGGGGCACCAACCCAUGGUCUCUAUCCUCCUCCCUGUCUUGACUUCUCCCUGGGUCCUCCCCAUCAGAGCUGGGGUGGGGUGGACCCCUGUACCUGGGCAGGCGGCCCCCAGGAGUGAGGGGAGGGAAUGGCCUAGACUGUAAAGGCAAAACCGGACUGUGGUGACGCCUUUAAUACCUCUCGGCCUCCCCACCCUCUCCCACAGGGGCCUCCAGGGCCGAGGGGCGCAGGGCUCCUGGCAGCUACUGGGUGAGGUGUCCCGGCACAGCCUCACCCCCCUUUUCUGGCGCCACCUCUUUCCCUGCUGAAGAGGCAGCGGCAGCAACAGCGAAAGCAGCUGCUGUUCCUGCUCUGAGGGUGUACAUAUUUUUUAUCAAAAGCUCUGGAAUUGUAAAUUUAUUUUUUAAAACUCAAAGAGGGGAAGAGCCUUGUAUCAUAUGUAAACAUUGUAUCAUAGGUUAUGUUGUACAGUCCCUUUUAUACAGUAGUCUGUCUUGUUCCUGCCACCAAAACACGUGUAUGGGCUCCCCACCCCCACCCGCACAUACACAGGCACUGUGUCCCACCUCCUCCACCCCUUCCAGACACUGACCAUACCCCCCCUUCCUCCCCGCCGCUGUCCCCGCGCCCUCCUCUCCCUGUGGCCCCCUCCCUCCUGACCCCGCUCGCUCAGCAGCCUUCUCACGAAGCUCCCACAACCCCCCUCAAGCCCUGGGGGCCGCUGGUCCCGUCUCAGCUGCUGCCCGCCCCAUGCCCUGACGCCUGCCCCGCUGCUCCCCAGCUCCAUCGGAGUGAACCGCGUGUGCUGUACUGGUUCGGUUGUCUGCAGAGACCCCGGGGUGGAGAAAAAGCUGAUAAAGUCUAUGAAUCGA